CGUACGUGGGACCGGCAAGAACUGGACCCACUGGGAUCAGGAGACGCAGCGUCGGAGGUCGAGAGCCGCACGCCCAGACAGUGGUCCCACGCGGUGAGCACCGCGGGCUGAGAUUUUGGAGUCAGGAAAGCGCGGGGAAGGCACGGACGGCCGGGUGCGUUAGUCCGGCCUCCUGGCGGGGCGCUGGCGACUGCCGGAGGGUUCUGAAAGUGAGAACAGGCCUGGCGCAGUGGGAGGCCCAGCCGGGAGGAUCUCUUGAGCCCAGGAGUUCCCGACAAGCCUGGGCAACAUAGACUGUCUCUACUGAAAAGUAAAAAAAAAAAAAAUUAGCCACGUGUGGUGGCGCGCGCCUGUUGUCCCAGCUACUCGGGAGGCUGAGACGGGAGGGUCGCUUGCUCUGAGGUCGAGGCUGCAGUGACAGUGAUUGUGCCACUGCAUUCCAGCCGGGCGACGGAAGUGAGACCUUGUCUCAAAAGAAGUAAUAAUAAUAGUAAUAAUACCUGAGUAAAAUGAAAGCCGCGCGCUCACGUGGCUGCAGGCGCCUGAGAGUUGCACAAGACUUCCUUGUGGGGAGUUGGCUCCGCCCUCCUCCCACGCCCGGUUCCCGGAGCCUUAGCUCUCGGCCCUGGGCGCUUUUUCUUCCUCGGCUGCGCCGCGUGUCCUCGGAGCGCGGUCCCUGUAUUGGUCUCCUGCUCCUAGAGGUUGAGAACAAAAACAUGCACCUGGAGUUUCCCCGGAGCCCUCUGCGUGGUUGAGCUUCGGUGGAAUUUCGGGGCUCUUGGCUGCCAGCCGCGCUUGCCUGGUAGCAACAGAAACCGGUCCCGCUCGCCUCCGUGGACAUUUCAUUACCAUCCAGAAGUGUCUCCCACUGAAGGCAUCCGUGGUUGUUUUUAAGCCACAAAAAAGCCACACCCAAGAUCACCUGACACCCACCCUGUCAAGUGUCCAUGAUGCUGGGCCCUGAGGGAGGUGAAGGCUUUGUGGUCAAGCUCCGUGGCCUGCCCUGGUCCUGCUCUGUUGAGGACGUGCAGAACUUCCUCUCUGACUGCACGAUUCAUGAUGGGGCCGCAGGUGUCCAUUUCAUCUACACUAGAGAGGGCAGGCAGAGUGGUGAGGCUUUUGUUGAACUUGGAUCAGAAGAUGAUGUAAAAAUGGCCCUGAAAAAAGACAGGGAAAGCAUGGGACACCGGUACAUUGAGGUGUUCAAGUCCCACAGAACCGAGAUGGAUUGGGUGUUGAAGCACAGUGGUCCCAACAGUGCCGACAGCGCCAACGAUGGCUUCGUGCGGCUUCGAGGACUCCCAUUUGGAUGCACAAAGGAAGAAAUUGUUCAGUUCUUCUCAGGGUUGGAAAUCGUGCCAAACGGGAUCACAUUGCCUGUGGACCCCGAAGGCAAGAUUACAGGGGAAGCAUUCGUGCAGUUUGCCUCGCAGGAGUUAGCUGAGAAGGCUCUAGGGAAACACAAGGAGAGGAUAGGGCACAGGUACAUUGAGGUGUUUAAGAGCAGCCAGGAGGAAGUUAGGUCAUACUCAGAUCCCCCUCUGAAGUUCAUGUCCGUGCAGCGGCCAGGGCCCUAUGACCGGCCCGGGACUGCCAGGAGGUACAUUGGCAUCGUGAAGCAGGCAGGCCUGGAAAGGAUGAGGCCCGGUGCCUACAGCACAGGCUACGGGGGCUACGAGGAGUACAGUGGCCUCAGUGAUGGCUACGGCUUCACCACCGACCUGUUUGGGAGAGACCUCAGCUACUGUCUCUCCGGAAUGUAUGACCACAGAUACGGCGACAGUGAGUUCACAGUGCAGAGCACCACAGGCCACUGUGUCCACAUGAGGGGCCUGCCGUACAAAGCGACCGAGAACGACAUUUACAACUUCUUCUCUCCUCUCAACCCUGUGAGAGUCCAUAUUGAGAUCGGCCCAGAUGGAAGAGUGACGGGCGAAGCAGAUGUUGAGUUUGCUACUCAUGAAGAAGCUGUGGCAGCUAUGUCCAAAGACAGGGCCAAUAUGCAGCACAGAUAUAUAGAACUCUUCUUGAAUUCAACAACAGGGGCCAGCAAUGGGGCGUAUAGCAGCCAGGUGAUGCAAGGCAUGGGGGUGUCUGCUGCCCAGGCCACUUACAGUGGCCUGGAGAGCCAGUCAGUGAGUGGUUGUUACGGGGCCGGCUACAGUGGGCAGAACAGCAUGGGUGGCUAUGACUAGUUUUGUUAGGAACAUUUGAGUUAUUUCAAUCAAAUUUUCACAGGCAGCCAACAAGCAAUUAAGAGCAGUUAUAAUAGAGGAAGCUGGGGGACCCAUUUUGCACCAUGAGUUUGUGAAAAAUCUGGAUUAAAAAAUUACCUCUUCAGUGUUUUCUCAUGCAAAAUUUUCUUCUAGCAUGUGAUAAUGAGUAAACUAAAACUAUUUUCAGCUUUUCUCAAUUAACAUUUUGGUAGUAUACUUCAGAGUGAUGUUAUCUGAGUUUAAGUAGUUUAAGUAUGUUAAAUGUGGAUCUUUUACACCACAUCACAGUGAACACACUGGGGAGACGUGCUUUUUUGGAAAACUCAAAGGUGCUAGCUCCCUGAUUCAAAGAAAUAUUUCUCAUGUUUGUUCAUUCUAGUUUAUAUUUUCAUUUAAAAUCCUUUAGGUUAAGUUUAAGCUUUUUAAAAGUUAGUUUUGAGAAUUGAGACACAAUACUAAUACUGUAGGAAUUGGUGAGGCCUUGACUUAAAACUUUCUUUGUACUGUGAUUUCCUUUUGGGUGUAUUUUGCUAAGUGAAACUUGUUAAAUUUUUUGUUAACUAAAUUUUUUUCUUAAAAUAAAGACUUUUUCACAAUGA